AUUUGCCAGCUGUCCCAUUGAGGUUGACAUUUUCUCUGGUUAAAUAGUAAAAUGCAUGCAUGUUUGUAGUUACAGCAAUAGUGAGCAGCCAGGUCUGGCUCAUUGGCUGAAUACAACGUAUACAAGCAGAUCAGAGCCUUGCACUCUGCUCAUAAGAGAGCCAAGCCAACAAAUGCUGGUGAGACAGAGACUGUGGAGGACUCUCCUCCUCCUGAGAGUUUCAGACUGGACCAUAAAACGCAAGAUGAUGGAGGCCGAGCAGAUAACAGACAGUUUAACUCUUGGGUCUCAGACUCGCGGCCCGGACAAUUUCAGGAGACGUGGGAAACGGAAUAUUUUUUUGUAGCACACAGGGGCAUUACGACGUGUCUAAUAUGCACAGAUAAAGUUGCGGUGCACAAGGAGUAUAACAUCAGACGUCCUUACUCAACUAGACAUGCUGAGGAGUAUCUAAAAUACCAGGGAGAUGAGCGAGAGGACCGGGUCACCAAACUUAAAACAUGUCUACUGAGGCAACAAGAUUUUUUCAAGAAAGCAAGCAAAGAGAGUGAUGCAGCAGUCGAAGCUAGCUACGUGGUGAGUGAGAUGAUUGCUAAGGCAGGAAAGCCAUUCAAAGACGGCGAGUUCAUCAAACAGUGCAUGUUACAGGCUGCAAGUAUAGUCUGUCUGGAAAAGAAAGGUCAGUUUAGCAACAUCAACCUUUCAGCCAACAUAGUGGCAGAGCUAAUUUCUGACCUGUCGGAUAACAUUUACGAUCAACUGCGUGAGAAAGCUAGACAUUUCCAUUCAUACUCAGUCGCUCUUGAUGAGAGCACAGACGUCACUGACACUGCGCAGCUCGCAUUAUAUGUCCGUGGUGUUGAUGACAAUUUUGAAGUGAUGGAGGAUUUGCUCACAAUAAUUCCAAUGCAUGGCCAGACCACCGGUCAGGACAUAUUCCACCAGCUGUGUGAUGCCAUUGUGGAUGCUGGCUUACUAUGGAAGAGUUUUGCUGGAAUAACAACCGACGGAGCGCCAUCAAUGACAGGGAGGAGAAAUGGACUGGUGGCACUUGUUCAAAGAAAACUGGAAGAGGAGGGUGUAGAAGAGGCCAUUGCUUUGCACUGCAUUAUCCAUCAGCAGGCCCUUUGCAGCAAAUGCCUUAAGUUUGACAAUGUGAUGUCUGACGUUGUGAAAUGCAUCAACCAUAUCAGAUCCAGGGGCUUAAAGCACCGGCAGUUCCGCACCUUUUUGGAGGAAAUAGAGUCAGCAUAUGAGGAUGUGCUCUACUUCACCGAGGUACGUUGGCUUAGCAGGGGGGACGUCUUGAAGAGGUUUUUUGAGUUGAGAGCAGAAGUGAAAGCCUUCAUGGAUAAGGAUGGGAUGGCUGUUCCUGUACUAAGUGAUCCCAAAUGGCUAAUGGACUUAGCUUUUCUUGUUGACAUCACACAGGAGCUGAAUGUACUGAGCAAGAAGUUACAAGGCCAGGCCCAGCUUGUCAUUCUCCACAAAACUUGUGUUAUGGAAAGCCCAGCUUUCUCAGACAAACCUCUGCCAUUUCCCAGCAUGCAAGGCGCUCAUGGAUUCAGGCACACCAUUCAGUGGUGA